AUGAUUUUUGGAACACCAAAUUCAACAUUUUUAGAGAAUAGAUUAGGAAGUAGUACAGGAAUGCCAUUUAGUAGUGCAACAUCAUUAAAUAGUGGAGUUGAUCAAAUGAUGAAUGAACUUAACAUUCAACAACCGACCAGUCAUACAGUAUUAUUCGAUCUUUCAUGGGAAGUUGCAAAAAAAGUUGGUGGUAUUUAUACAGUUUUAAAAACCAAAGCACCAGUAACAGUUGAAGAAUAUAAAUCAAGAUAUGCAUUAAUUGGUCCAUAUAAUGCAAGUACAGCACCAACAGAAUUUGAACCAUUAAUACCAGGACCAUUAUCAUCACCAAUCAUUGAAAAUAUGAUGAAAAAGUAUGGUAUUCAUGUUCAUUUUGGUAAAUGGUUAGUAGAAGGUUAUCCAAAAGUAUUUUUAAUUGAUCUUCAUAGUUCAAUGCAUAAACUUGGUGAAUGGAGAUGGGAUUUAAUGAGUGGUUUCGAACAAGCAGGUGAUAAUGAAACUAAUGAAACAAUUGUAUUUGGUUAUCAAUCUGCUUUAUUAUUAAAAGAAUUUGCUGAAGCAAAUCCAAAUGAUAAAUAUAUAGCUCAUUUUCAUGAAUGGCAAGCAUCAGUUGGAUUAAUAUUAUUAAAGAAAUGGAAAGUACCAGUUUCAACUAUUUUUACAACUCAUGCAACAUUAUUAGGUAGAUAUUUAGCAGCGGGUGGUGUUGAUUUAUAUAAUCAAAUGCAAGUUUUAAAUAUGGAUUUUGAAGCAUCUAAACGUGGUAUCUAUCAUCGUCAUUGGAUUGAAAAGAAGUCUGCUGCUGAUUCUCAUGUUUUUACAACGGUUUCAGAGAUUACUGGUUAUGAAUCUGAGCAUAUUUUAAUGAGAAAACCAGAUGUUAUCUUACCAAAUGGUUUAAAAUUAGAUAAAUUUACUGCACUUCAUGAAUUUCAAAAUUUACAUGCAAAAUAUAAAGGAGUAUUAAAUGAAUUUGUACGUGGUCAUUUUUAUGGACAUUAUAGUGAUUUCGAUUUAGAUAAUACAUUAUAUGUAUUUACAGCAGGUAGACAUGAAUAUUUUAAUAAAGGAGUUGAUAUGUUUUUAGAUUCAUUAGCAGGUUUAAAUAAAUUAUUACAACAGAGUGGAUCAAAGAUGACAGUUGUUGCAUUUAUAAUUAUGCCAGCUGCAACUAAUAAUUUCAAUGUUGAAUCAUUAAAAGGUCAUUCAUAUCUAAAGGAUAUGAGACGUACUUGUAAUACAAUUGUCGAGGCGAUGGGUGAACGUUUAUUCGAGGCAACGAGUAGGGGUAAAAUGAUAUCACCAGAGGAACUAUUAUCACAAGAGGAUCUAGUUAUGUUAAAGAGAAGAAUCUUUGCAUUGAAACAAAAGUCAAGUGGUCCACCCGUUGUAACUCAUAAUAUGAUCAAUGAUAAUGACGAAAUUCUUCAACAUAUUAGAAGGAUAAAACUAUUCAACUCUCAAGAGGAUCGUGUAAAGGUUAUCUAUCAUCCAGAGUUUUUAACAUCCACCAAUCCAUUGAUACCUUUGGAUUACACUGAAUUCGUUAGAGGCUGUCAUCUUGGUAUCUUUCCAAGCUACUAUGAACCAUUUGGUAUGACCCCCGCCGAAUGUUGUGCAAGUGGUUGUCCAUCAAUCACCAGUAAUCUAACUGGUUUCGCAAAUUAUAUGAGUAGAGCACUACAAGACACUGACUCUAAAGGUAUUUUCAUCGUUGAUAGAAGAUUCAAAUCCUCUAGAGAAACUGUUGAUCAAAUGACUCAAUACCUUUGGAAAUUCACUCAAUUAGAUAGAAGACAAAGAAUUGAACUUAGAAAUGCAACUGAAAAAUUAUCUGAACUCUUAGAUUGGAGAACUCUUGGUAAAUUCUAUAAAACUGCUCGUGCUCUUGCACUAGAAAGAGCUUUUCCACCAAAACCAAUCUCAAGAUCACCUUCACCUUCACCUUCUUCAAGUUUAAAAUUAUCAACUGGUUUAUCAAAUCAAAUUGAAUUACAACAACAACAACAACAACAACAACCACAACCAAUUGGUACAACAAUUAAUUUAAUACCACCAUCUUCAAAUGUUUCAGUAACACCUACUACAACACCAACAACUACAACAACUGCAACUACAGCAACUACAGCACCAAUCACAACACCAAAACCAAAUGUAAUUCCAAUUAAUACUGGUAAAGAAAAUAUCACUUUAUUAUCACCAAAUUCAAUGUCUUCACUUUUAAGUGAUUCAUUAAAUGAAUUUAAAAAACAACAACAACAACAACAACAAUCUAAAACACCAACAACACCAACAACAACAUCAACAACGACAACAACACCAUCAACUACAGCAGCGGCAACAAAUAAAUCAGUUUUAUCAAAUCCAACACCAACACCAUCUCCAAAUACAUCAUCAUUCAUUCCAACAAAUAAAGGAUCCACAGCAACAACUACAACAACAACAGCAACACCAACACCAACACCAAGUAAUAAUACUAAUGGUAAACCAUUUAAUCCAAUUGAAGCAUUAACUAAAAGUAACAGUAGUAGUAAUUUUGCAACAACUUCAACUGCUUCUGUAAACACCAACAAUGGUGGCACUAAUUCACCAGUAUCUAAAUCAAUACCAAUUCCUUCUUCAAAAUCAUUAAAAUAA